AUGAGCAGGUGGACCAAAACUGUUUUGCCAAUUUCGAAAGGUUUGCUAAAACCAGCAGUUAUUGAAAAAACGAAACAGCAAAGAACGCGUCAAGAACAACAGAAGAAAUUUUACAACCGUGGAGCAAGAGAUUUACCAGCAUGGGCUGCAGGUGACCAAGUAUGGAUACAGCCAGUCAACGUUGGGGAUCGAGAAUGGAAGAAAGCAACCGUAUUAAGAGAAGCAGGUAUCAGGUCCUAUGAAGUCAAAACGGAGAAUGACCGAACUCUUAUUCGAAAUCGAAGAUGUUUGAAGAAAGCAAAAUCAAAACCUGCAAAUUGCGAUGACCAUCAACAGAUCCAAGAAUUACCUAAAACACCUGAAUUUGCCGAGCGGGGAUCAACAGGGUUUGAUGGAGAAACAGACCCUAUUCCAGAGCUUAUUCCGGAUCCCGAUCGAGGUGCCCAAAGCAGUACUGAGUCCGGUAUGCUGUCUGGUGGCAUGAGAGACAAUAUAAUUACUCGAACGUGGAAAGGUCGAAUUAGUUAA